AAUAAUCAUUAUAAAUAAAUAAAAAUAAAAAAUAAAAGAAGCAAAGCACAAAGCAAAGCAUCGUCUCUUCUCUUCUCUUCUUCCCCAAAUCUUCAAUCUUCGAUUCCUUUCUCUGUAAACCCUACAAAAUCCUCUCACUCAAACCAAAACCCUUCCGAUUUCAUACCUCCCGAAUAUAGCCAACGGAUUUUUCUUCAUUCCGUUUGAUUUUCUUAGAAAUGUAAGGUGUUUCUUGCAGAUUGGGAAUUCAAAGGAAUAUAAAUUUUCUCUCUUUUUCUUUCUUGUUUGCGAUUAUCGGGUAAAAUUUUAGUACCUUAGAAGCUUUUAUUGCUUAAAAUUUGGAGGUCUGGGUCUCAUGAGAAUUGUUAGGGGAAUGCAGAGAUCGUUUUGCGAGAAGAAGAAGGUAUCAGGAAGGAAGAAAUCUUUGAGCCGAGGGAUUGGUGUGACAGUGCCUAAGGCUAGAGCAAGGGAUAAACCUGUGAUGAGUAAGGUUCUGGGUCUCUAAGUUGUGAGGGUUUCGGUAGGGAGAGAGAAUUAGGAGAAAGAGAGAUUGGUCAUUAGGUUAAUCUAUUUCGGUAUGACUCGGAUUUUGAUUCAGCGAGGUUCCUCUAGUGCUGCCUCGUCUUCUUCUUCGAACCCGAGUCGUGCUACUGCAGCUUCGGCUCGUGCUGAGCCUCCAGUUAAUCAUUCUGAGGGUGUUUCUGUUGUGAAGGAUGAAGAAAUUGGAGAGGAACUGCAGGAACAUGUGGUUGUGGAUGAGUUUGUUGAGAUUAGCAAUGGUAAGGUUGGGAAAAGUGAUGAUCUGAGCUCUAAUAUCGAGCAGAAUGAGAAUUUAACUGAUGAAAUUGUUGAUGGUGAGAAAGUCAGAAGUGGUGGUGGUGAUGAUGUUGGGGAUCAAGGGGAACUAAUGACAAAUUUGAGUGGAUUGAGAAUUUCGGAGAGAGGGGAAACUGAGAUUGAAGAUGUGAGUGGGGAUUCUCUGCAGAAUGUCAUUGGGAUGACUUCGCAGCCACCCCCACCUCCUGUCCCACCCCCGAAACCGUCUGCGUCAAACUCAAAUGCAAGGAGGUUCAUCUCAGGAUGUUCUAAUGCAACAAGGAUUGGACCCUCUAGAAGAGUUGCCUGGCCUGUUGUUUCAACUAGAACUUCACCGACUGGAUCACGGCCUUCUUCUCCUAGGUCUCAUGUUGAAGGCGAGGGGUACAAUAGCGCUGAUGAACAAAAUCCUUGCAACUUAUCUUCUUAUGAUGAUAUUGAACGAGAACGACAAUUUGAAAUUGAUGUCAGACGUGCAAAAGGUUUAGAAGUCAAACGAAUGCUUGAGGAUGGAAAUUGUCUAUUUCGUGCUAUUGCAGAUCAAGUUUAUGGAGAUUCUGAAGCAUAUGAUUUGGCAAGACAAAUGUGCAUUGAUUACAUGGAGCGGGAGAGAGAUCAUUUUUCUCAGUUUAUAACAGAGGGCUUCACAUCCUAUUGUAAGAGGAAAAGAAGAGAUAAGGUUUAUGGAAAUAAUGUAGAGAUCCAAGCCUUAUCCGAAAUGUAUAAUCGGCCAAUCCAUAUUUAUUCAUAUAGCACAGAACCCAUCAACAUCUUCCAUGGAAGCUAUAAUACUGAUUCACCACCCAUACGGCUAAGCUAUCAUCAUGGAAAUCAUUACAACUCUCUUGUUGAUCCACGUCGAUUAGCGAUCGGUGCAGGGCUCGGGUUCAGCUGCCUUCGCGGGACAAAUGCUGACAAAGAUCAAGUUAAGGCUGCCAUUAAAGCUCAACAAGAUCAACAGAUCGAUAAUGCACUUCUAGCAGAGGGACGAUUUUAUUCAGAUCUUGAGCUUACCGAGAAGGAGAUUGAACGCAUGGUGAUGGAAGCAUCAAGAGCCGAGUAUCUUGCAGUGGAUACUUACAAGCAACAAAUUGGCCAUAGGGAGUCUUCUUCUACUUCCACAGCCGAGCCAUCAUCUUCGGGAGCCAGUGAAAAAACAGGGUCAUCAGGCAGCGAGACAAUAAAAGUGGAGACCGGACAAGACAAUGUCCUUAGCAGCGGCAUGCGAAUGCUGUUAGCAAUGGGAUUCAGCUACCUGCAGGCGAUUGAGGCUUACAGUAUUUUCGGGGACGAUGUUGAUUCUAUGGUUUGUUACUUGCUGGAAACAAGCAGCAGUAGCAGGCGCAAAGGGAAGGCAACUGAAUGAGCGAUUCGAUUCGGUUGAGUUGUCUGUGGUUAGUUUCUAGUAGUGGUAGAAGUAGCUGUAUUGAUGGAAGUGGAGAGAAGAAACAAAGAAGGGGUGAAAAAAUGACUCAUGCUCAUAGUUAUUUGAAAGCCUAUUGAGCUUCAUAUAAAGUUUCUAUAAAUAAAAAGCUAGUAGUUUACUUUCAAUUACUCUUUCUUUUUUUUUUCUUUUUUUAUGAAGAAAAAAAAAACCCAAAUUGCACAUUGUUUUUUUAGUUUAAUGAGCUAUAUUGGUAUUUUCUUA